AUGGCGAGCUCGGAGCGGAGCGCGCUGCUCACGUACCGCCUGUGUGGCGGCUCGGCCGAGGAGGAGCGGGGCCGGGAGCGCGGCCGGGCCGCAGCCGCCGCCGCCCCCCGCAAGCUGCCCACAUUCCUGGGCGUUGUGGUCCCCACGCUGCUCUCCAUGUUCAGCGUCGUCCUCUUCCUGCGCCUCGGGUUCGUGGUGGGUCAUGCCGGGUUGUACCAGGCCCUGGCUAUGUUUGCUGUGGCAUAUUUCAUCAUUGGCAUGACAGUGCUGUCUGUGUGUGCCAUUGCCACCAAUGGGGCACUGGAUGCUGGAGGAGCCUACUAUAUGAUCAGCCGUGCCUUGGGCCCAGAAUUUGGGGGCAGCAUCGGGAUCAUGUUUUUUCUGGCCAAUGUGUGUGGCAGUGCCCUCUAUGUGCUGGGGCUGGUGGAGGCAGUGGUGGACAGCUUUGGGAUCCCUCCUGGGCAAGAAGCGGGCUCAGGCGUCCAUGUCCUGCCCCAGAGCUACUGGUACGAGCUGCUCUACGGCACUGUGCUGCUGGCAAUGUGCCUCCUCGUGUGCCUUGUGGGUGCCUCCAUCUAUGCCAAGGCCACCUUCCUCAUCUUCCUCAUCGUCGCAGCUGUCCUGGGCACCAUCCUUGUCAGCUUCUUCGCCACACGGCCUCUAAAGGUGCCCAUCCGCCUGCCUAGCAUCAAUGGCACUGAGACCGAUAACGGCGUCUUCACUGGCUUCUCCCUCAACACCCUGCGAGACAACCUGGGUGGUCGGUAUGAGGUAGAUUACACCACCGGGCAAAUGAUGAGCUUCAGCUCUGUGUUUGCAGUGAUGUUCAACGGCUGCACUGGCAUCAUGGCAGGCUCCAACAUGUCAGGGGACCUGAAGCGCCCGAGCUACUCCAUCCCACGGGGCACCAUUUCUGCUGUGCUCUUCACCUACCUCGUCUACAACCUGCUGGCUUUCCUCAUGUGUGCCACCUGCAACAGGAUCCUCCUACAGAAAGACUAUGGCUUCUUGCGUGACAUCAGUAUCUUCCCACCGCUGGUCACUGUGGGCAUCUAUGCUGCCACUCUCUCUGCAGCCAUGAGCAACCUCAUUGGAGCAUCUCGCAUCCUGUAUGCUCUGGCCCGGGAUGAUCUCUUUGGCCGGGCACUGGCACUGGCCAAGAAGACAUCUGCCAGUGGGAACCCAGUGAUGGCAGUGAUCCUGUCCUGGCUGAUGGUGCAGGUUGUGCUCUUUUCUGGGAAGCUCAACACCAUCGCAAGUGUUGUGACAAUCUUUUUCCUCCUGGUUUAUGCCACUGUCAACCUGGCCUGUCUGGCACUGGAAUGGGCCUCGGCUCCCAACUUCAGGCCCACUUUCCAGUACUUCACCUGGCACACAUGCCUGCUGGGCAUCGCGGGCUGCUGCGUCAUGAUGUUCCUCAUCAGCCCAGUGUCAGCCUCGGCGAGCCUGGGCUUCCUCCUCCUCCUCCUCCUUGCUCUUCACUACCUCUCACCCAGCAGCACCUGGGGCUACAUCAGCCAGGCCCUCAUCUUUCAUCAGGUGCGAAAGUACCUGCUGAUGCUGGAUGUGCGGAAGGACCACGUCAAGUUCUGGCGCCCGCAGAUGCUGCUGAUGGUGCAGAACCCACGAGGCAGCGCCCGCCUCAUUGACUUUGUCAAUGACCUUAAGAAAAGUGGCCUCUACGUCCUGGGCCAUGUGGAGCUGCAGGACUUGGACAUGCUGCCCUCAGACCCGCUGCAGCCCCAGCAGGACUCGUGGCUGAGCUUGGUGGACAAACUGAAUGUUAAAGCCUUUGUCAGCCUCACCCUCGCACCCUCAGUGCGGCAUGGCGUCCGGCAGCUCCUCUUCACCUCUGGCCUUGGCGGAAUGCGCCCCAACACCCUGGUGUUGGGUUUCUAUGAUGACGAGGCACCGCAGGAUGGUCUAGCCCAGCACCCUGCCUUCACCAGCGCCCGUGAGGAGGUGCCCCUGGGCUUCCCCCCACUGCGGGCACCCACCACUCCCAAACUGCUGUCAGCCCGGGAGUAUGUGGGCAUUGUGGCUGAUGCCCUGAAGAUGCUUCGCAAUGUCCUGCUGGCCCGGCAGCUGGAGAGUCUGGACAAGGCCUGGGAGCUGCGGCGGGCCGCCAGCCCCCCGCCCACCAUCCACGUCUGGCCCGUCAACCUGCUGCGGCCCGACAGCGCCCGCUACGCCGACACCUGCAGCCUGUUCCUGCUGCAGAUGGCCUGUGUCCUCAACAUGGCACGGGCCUGGCGCCGGGCCCGCCUGCGCCUCUUCCUCUGCGUGGAAGCAGGCACCAUGCCCCAUGCCCAGGAGGAGAAGCUGCGCCAGCUCCUCAAGGACUUGCGCAUCCAGGCCCAGAUCCAGCUGGUGCCCUGGGAUGCCAUCACCCACCUGCACUGGCAAACCUGCCAGAGACCUCCAGGAGGGCCAGUGGAGGAGGAGGAAGAGGAAGAAGGGAUUGUGAACUUCCCGACCAAUACCACCCAAGUGUCAGAUGAGUACGUGUGUGCUGCCAACAAACUGGUCCUGGAGCAGAGCCCCGCGCCAGCCGUGCGCUUCCUGUACUUGCCGCGGCCGCCGGCCGACACCAGCCUCUACCCACUCUACCUGCACCAGCUGGAGCUGCUCACCCGUGGGCUGGGCCCCACUGUGCUGGUGCACGGGGUGAGUGCUGUCACCAGCACCCAGCUCUAGGUGACCCCCAGGUUCCCCCCGGCUCCCUGCACACUCCUUUGCCCCGUGCCUUCAGCAGCUUGA